AACAAAAAGCAGUAUAGUCAUCACACAAAAAUAAUUUUAAUUGCAUAUAACAAAAAGUUUUGGCUAGAAAGUUAUUUUAAAAUAUUAAUAAAUAGUAAUAAUGUAUCUAAGAAACUCACAUUAUUUGUUGUCAUAACAAAACAAAAUUUUUUCUGGUAUUAAAGGAGAUUUUACGGAAGAUAUUUUGGUUUAAAUAAGUUGGCCUCCCUGAUGAUAAUUAAAAAAUUUUAAACUUUGGCAAGCCUGUUAUCAUAUCAUUUCACUUUGUCAUUGCCGCUUUUGCAUCUCUGUGAGAUUUUGCAAAAAAAUAAAAAUUUCCUACGAAAACGCGUAUAAAACAACUAUAAAAAAAGAAAAAGUUUUUAUUUUUUAACCUAACUUGGUCGUUUUCGUCAAUUUGUGAACAAUAAAAUGUCCUCUACCUCGGCCAUAACACAAGAUAAAUUAGACAAAUGGCGUAAGGAGUUUUACAGUGAGCCCAAAAAUAUUUUGGCACAAAAUGUAUGCUCCCGUUUUGAUCCCUGGGAUGUGUGUUUGUCACGCCAACAGUUGGAAACCACCAAUCAUGUGUUUACUUAUAAGGUGGAAAUGGAGGGCAAACCGGUAACAAACCAAAAAAGUUCGGGUAGAUGUUGGUUGUUUGCUGCUUUGAAUUGUUUACGUUUGCCAUUAAUGAAAGAGUAUAAUCUAGAAGAAUUUGAGUUUUCUCAGUCAUAUUUAUUUUAUUGGGAUAAAAUUGAACGUUGCAACUAUUUCCUUAAUAAUAUUGUUAAAACUGCCAAGCGAGGCGAGAAGGUUGAUGGUCGUUUGGUAUCAUUUUUAUUGAAUGAUCCAACUUCAGAUGGUGGUCAGUGGGAUAUGUUAGUUAAUUUGAUAACCAAACAUGGUCUUAUGCCAAAGAAAUGUUUCCCCGAAAGCUACAGUUCUGAAGCUAGUGUACGCAUGAAUGGUGUUUUAAAGAGCAAGUUGCGUGAAUAUGCCAAAGUACUGCGUGACCUGAUGGAUACAAAUCCAAGUGACGAUGAAGUUAAUGCUAAAGUUGAUGAAAUGAUGGGUGAAAUUUAUAAAGUUGUUGGCAUUUGCUUGGGUAUACCAGCCAAAGAGUUUACUUGGGAGUAUUAUAACAAAACCAAAGCAUACCAUACAGUGGGUCCCAUAACACCACUUGAAUUCUAUAAUACCAUGGUUAAGCCUCUGUUUAAUGUUGAGGAUAAGGUUUGUUUAGUUACUGAUCCCCGUCCUUCUAGCAAAUACAAUCAAGCCUAUACUGUAGACUGUUUGGGUAAUGUAGUCGAUGGUCGUCCAGUGUUGUAUAAUAAUCAACCGGUUGAAAUCUUGCUGCAAAUGGUGGCAGCCAGCAUAAAAGCUGGUGAACCCGUGUGGUUUGGUUGUGAGGUCAGCAAACGUUUUGCUCCUAGACAAGGUAUCGAGGACUUGAAUGUCCACGAUUUUAAGCUGGUCUUCGAUAUAGAUAUACAGAAAACCUUGACCAAAGCUGAUCGUUUGAUUUAUGGUGAAUCUGCCAUGACUCAUGCCAUGGUCUUUACAGCCGUUUCACUAGAUGAAAAUUCGCAACCAAAGAAAUUACGCGUGGAAAAUUCCUGGGGCGAAGAUCGUGGCGAAAAGGGUUAUUUGGUUAUGUCUGCCGAAUGGUUCAAAGAAUUUGGUUUUGAAGUUGUGGUCGAUAAAAAAUAUGUGCCUGAAGAUAUUUUACGCGUUUUCGAUCAAGAACCUAUUGUUUUACCUGCCUGGGAUCCCAUGGGCACCUUGGCCCAAUAAGUGUCUUAGGGUUUCAUCAUCAAUAUUUAUAUAGUACAUCAUACAUGUCUUUAUUCUAAAAUACUAAACAUGUGUUGUUUGCCAGAGACACACACACACACAACUCCUCUUCAAGACAGCUCUAACAAAACAAACCAAUAAGCUUUUUUCCUUGAUGACAAACAUGGUGGUCUACUUAUAUUCAUUUAUUUCCAAUCAUGAUUUGCAUUUUUAAAAUCAACCUGUUUUUUGAUUCCUAAAGAAUUAUAAAACGGUAUACUCUUUUAUAUAAAUAUAAAUAUUUUAAAAACAACAAAAUACAUACUUAUACGUAUAAAACAAAUAUACAAAUACAUACAAUAUUAACCCAUUUAUAUAUAUUUAUUAUUAUCUUAUAUACAUACUACACACAACAUACAACAUAUUUGAUUUACAACAAUUAUUAAUCGGUAAAGAAAACCGAAACAAAGAUACAAAAUAUUAUAAAAUGCAUUUUUUUCUAUAUAUAAAAAAGAA